UUUGUUUCCAAGCCAACGAUUAACAAGGCUUGUUACCUUCUCAGGCCUACUACUAAAUUUGCCAUAAUUUGUGCAGGCAUAAUCUGGUACAAUCCAUGGCAUCCACAUCCAUAAACAUGCCCACCUCUCCAGCUUCGACGGCAACAAAAGAGGUUUUCAAAGAACGUAGCGGUCUUUGCCGAUCACAUUCUGGGAUAAAUCUUUGCAAGAAAGCUGGCAUUCGGAGUGAUUUUGCUAGCCAUUGGAAAAAUCUGCUGCAUGGACAGUCUUGCCAAAAUUCACAAUAUACUCCACCACUGGUUUAUCCUUCGCCUGUUGUGGUGCCACCCGUCUAUUUGCAGGGACAUUUUCCAUGGGAUGGUCCUGGUAGACCUCUUUCCAACAACUUGAAUCCCUUCUCUCAGUUCGUGAGUUAUGGUCCUCAUAUGGUUCCUGUUGCUCCCCUUCAGAGGGUUGUCCAGUCCCAUGCUUCUGCUGAAUUCAUUUGCAAGCUCCACAAGUCUGUACUUAUCCCAUCCAACUUUCCUAAUGGAAUUGAAAUAGCCAAGCCACGCAUGGUAUGCUGCUUCUUUGAAUUCAUUUGCAAGUGCCCGUUCCACCUGUUCAACAUAGCGUUAGCGUUGCCGAUUGAUUUUCACUCACCAUCACUUGCCAAGAAGGAUACGGAUGUGUUGGUUCACAGAGGAAUUUAUGAAGCUGCAAAGGGUAUCUAUCAACAAUUCUUGCCAGAAAUUAUGGACCAUGCGAAGAAACAUGGGGAUCAUGCAAAAUUUCAAUUCAUUGGUCAUUCCCUUGGUGGUAGCCUUUCUCUUUUUGUUAACUUAAUGUUGCUGACUAGGAGAGUUGUCAAGCCUUCUGCUAUGAGGCCAGUAGUCACUUUUGGCUCACCAUUUGUGUUCUGCGGAGGUCAGAAGAUACUGAAACUCUUGGGCCUGGAUGAGAGCCAUGUUCAUUGCGUGAUGAUGCACAGGGACAUUGUCCCUAGAGCCUUUUCCUGCAAAUAUCCCAACCAUGUCUCACUAUUCCUUAAGCGUUUGAGCUCAUUCCGGACACAUCCUUGUCUAAUUAAAAGUCAGAAGCUUCUAUAUUCCCCAUUGGGCAAGCUAUUCAUUCUCCAACCAGAUGAGAAGUCAUCUCCAUCACACCCUAUGCUCCCUCCAGGAAAUGCGCUUUAUGUUUUGGACAAGAACCAUUAUGAGUACUGCUCAAAUGCCUUGGAGGUCUUCCUUAAUUGUCCCCAUCCAGUGGAGACUCUGAGUGAUCCUACAGCCUACGGCUCAGAAGGUACAAUUCUAAGAGAUCAUGACUCCAGCAACUACCUGAAAGCUAUAAAUGGGGUUCUAAGGCAACACAAAAAGACAGUAGCCUGGAAAGUGUUAAAUGAAAGAACCUCUGCUUCACCUUGGCCACUACUCCUUUCACCAUCUCCCCACUCAUGGAGCCAUGAUAGGAACUUGGAGAACAACAGCAGGUUAUUGAACACGGAGUGUUUGGAUUGCAUGGGCGAGCAUGGGGGGUGGGCGCCGCCACCUAGUGGGCUAUUGCCAAAUGGUUUAUUGCCCAAUGAGGCCGCCUCGGUGAUCCGGGUACUAGACUCAGAGCGAUGGCAGAAGGCAGAAGAGAGAACUGCCGAGCUUGUCGCCUGCAUCCGGCCCAAUACUCCUUCGGAAGAAAGGAGAAAUGCUGUAGCCGAAUAUGUCCGGCGCCUUGUCAUGAAGUGCUUCCCCUGCGAGGUUUUUACUUUUGGUUCUGUACCCCUCAAGACGUACCUUCCUGAUGGAGAUAUUGACUUAGUAGCCUUCUCCAAGAAUCAAAACUUGAAGGAGACAUGGGCUCAUCAGGUUCGUGAUAUGCUGGAAAAUGAAGAAAAGAACGAGAAUGCCGAAUUCCGAGUAAAGGAGGUUCAAUACAUUCAAGCAGAAGUGAAGAUUAUUAAGUGUCUUGUGGAAAAUAUUGUGGUAGACAUAUCGUUUAAUCGGCUUGGUGGGUUGUGUACCCUUUGCUUCCUUGAUAAGGUUGAUCUUUUCAUAAAACGAAAUCACUUGUUCAAGCGUAGCAUCAUAUUGAUCAAGGCCUGGUGUUAUUAUGAGAGCCGCAUACUGGGUGCUCAUCAUGGGCUUAUCUCAACUUACGCCCUGGAAACCUUGGUUCUUUACAUAUUCUAUGUUUUCAAUAAUUCCUUUGCUGGACCACUUGAGGUCCUUUAUCGUUUUCUGGAGUUCUUCAGUAAGUUCGAUUGGGACAAUUUUUGUGUUAGCCUCUGGGGUCCUGUACCAAUUAGUUCACUGCCUGAUGUAAAAGCGGAACCUCCUCUAAAAGAUGGUGGAGAGUUGCUACUUAGCAACUUAAUUCUUGAUGCAUGUUGCUCUGUCUAUAAUGCUUCCCUAGGUGGCCAAGAAAAUCAGGGGCAACCCUUUGUUUCUAAACAUUUUAAUGUGAUUGACCCUUUGCGCAUAAAUAACAAUCUUGGCCGUAGUGUUAGUAAAGGUAACUUCUUUAGGAUACGAAGUGCCUUUGCAUUUGGAGCUAAAAGGUUGGCAAGAUUACUUGAUUGUCCCAAAGAGGACCUGUUUUAUGAAGUAAAUCAAUUCUUUUUGAACACAUGGGAAAGGCAUGGAAGUGGCCAUCGCCCAGAUGCCCCAAGGAAUGAGUUACGGUGCUUGAGGUUGUCAAACCCUGAUAACCAACAUGGAUCUGAAAAUGUUAGGAACAACUCAAGUGGAAAAAGAAAUGAUGUUUCCUCUGGGCAUGGAUCUCAAGCUGAUGUGAUGCAUGGAUCACAUAAUGUUCCUCUAGAAUAUGCUAACUAUAACUCAGAAAGCACAUCUCGGAUGAGUGAUAAUUCUACAGCUUCUCUUGCUGAAAGCCAGACGGGGUAUGGUAAAUGGAGCAAGUCAAGGACCUCUGAGCAGAUCAGACAAGAUAACAGUUCUAAUCAGAAAAGACAGAAUCAUAAAGGUCAGAGAAGUUCAAAACCUGAGAAUUUGGUAGCUGAUGUUCAAGGAAGAUUUCUUUUUGCAAGGACACGCUCUAGCCCUGAGCUUUCUGAAACUUACAGUGAAGCUUCUUCUCAAGGAAGGCACAACAGAGCCCCAGAAAGUGGGAGAGCCCAGGUUACUUCUACAAGGUUGGAAAACAACAGGAGGAAGAACCUGGAAACUGAUGUGACAGGCCAUGGUAUUAGAUCUUCAACUGAUGAGCCUUCACCUGUUAGCCAUGUGUCCUCCCAUCAAAGUAAUGAUGCCUCUGAUUCAAACAGUCAAGUAAAUACUUACCAAGAUGAUUUGGUUAUGAGUGCCAUGAGUGAAGAGUUCCCUUUUGUUGGGGAGACACAAGGAAUGCAUCAGGAAGAACAAGACUUUAUCAACAUGAUGGCAUCCUCUACAGCUCAUAGCUUUAAUGGGCAAGUUCAUUUUCCACUAAAUUUAGCUUCUGGUCACCUACCCGUUCCAAUCCCACCUGUUCUGACAUCAAUGUAUGCUCAGAGAAAUUUUGGUGGAAUUGUUCCCACAAAUGUUCCACUGAUUGAGACUCCACUGAGCACUAAUAUGCAAUUCCCACAAGGUUUAGUUUCUCCACCAUUGACCCAUUGUUUCCCUGACAUUGGUUUGGCUUCCAAUACAGAAGAUUCAAUUGAACCUGGUAAUGAAAAUUUUGGUUCCUCGAAAAUGAACCAAGCGGAGGGGGAGAAUGAUUUCUGGAAUGAGCAAGACCUGAGAUCAAAUACUGGUUUUGAUCUUGAUAAUGGAAAUUUUGAAAUUUUUCAUUCAGAUGACAAGCAACAGUCAACUUCAGCUGGCUACAACUCUGUUCCUGCAACUAGGAUAGGUGGUUCUGGAAGUUCUGGAAGAUUCCAGCAGAAGUUCACCAAAGAAACUCAAGGAUCAAUGAGGGAAGAUCAUGCUGAUAAUUUCCAGUAUCAAGAUAACAGUGGUAAUGACUCUUACUUUGAUGAUAGAACUACAAGUUCUAGAUCUGUUCCUGGUUCACAUGAUGGUUCUUUAAGUAAAACCUCAUCUGAGGGUUCCUUGGAAGGAUCAUCAGCUAAGGUAUCAAAGUCAUCUAGGGAGAGGCGAGGUAGGAAAACAGCCUCUUCUGGAGUGCCAUCUGCUGCAUAUGGGAAAGGUAAGAGUUUAUCUGAGCACUCUUCUCAGGCAGAUGAUGAUAGCAGAGACUGGAAUCUGCCAUUGACAAUGGGCACUGAGAUCGCCAAAAGAAAUACAGGAGCUCAACCAGUUUCUUUGCAUGUUCCCAGGCAUCAACUGGCUGGAUUUGAACCAGCUCAGACUAGUGGAUCAGAUUCACUGAUACCUGUGACUCCAGUGCAAUUAGGUCCAAGUUCACAGCCCUUUGCCUUUCUUGCAGGGCCUUCGGUUACAUUUGUGCCAAUGCUUCAACUGUACAAUUUCCCAACUGGAACAGGAACUUUGGACGCUUCAACAAGCCAUUUUAGCACAGAUGAAGGUUUGGGUAAUGGUGAUUCUGGUCAAAAUUUUGAUUUACCUGAGGUACUUGAUCAUUCUGAGGUUUUGAGUGCCACUGAUGCUUCAAGGGUUACUUCUGUUGAGCCAUCUGAACACAAGCCUGACAUCCUUAACAGUGAUUUUGCUAGCCAUUGGAAAAAUCUGCUGCAUGGACAGUCUUGCCAAAAUUCACAAUAUACUCCACCACUGGUUUAUCCUUCGCCUGCUAUGGUGCCACCCGUCUAUUUGCAGGGACAUUUUCCAUGGGAUGGUCCUGGUAGACCUCUUUCCAACAACUUGAAUACCUUCACUCACUUCUUGAGUUAUCAUCCUCAUAUAGUUCCUGUUGCUCCUCUUCAGUCCGUUUCUAAUAGACCUACCAGUGUUUACCAGUGGUAUCUUGAUGACAUGCCAAGAUAUUGGAAUCGGAGUGGCACUGGCACCUUUCUGCCAAAUCCUGUUUCAGUGAGGGAACGCCAUUCUGUAAGUACGAGAAGGGGGAAUUAUAGCUAUGAUAGAAGUGACCACCAUGGUGAUAGAGAAGGGAACUUGAAUCUGAGUUCAAAGCCACGAGCUGGAGGGCGCAGCCAUAAUCGCAGCCAAGCUGAUAAACCAACAUCGAGGUCUGACCGGUUGGCAGCUGCUGAGAGCCGAACCAACAGGCCUUGGGGCUCACAUAGAAAUGACUCAUUUCCUUCAUACCAGUCUCAAAAUGGUCCAGUACGCUUAAACUCAACACACAGUGGUUCUGCUAAUGUAGCGUAUGGCAGGCAUCCAGUAGCAACCCUGAAUCCAAGUGGGGUGUCAUCUAAUGGCCCCAACAUUCCAUUUUUUGUCAUGCUGUAUCCUUAUGAUCAUACCACUGGUUAUGGUUCCCCUGCGGAACAGCUUGAGUUUGGUUCCCCUGGACAAGCGCUGGGUUCACAAGGAACCGAACCCAGCACGCUUGCCUGGGUUGGGUUCCUUGGAACCCAGGCCUGGGUUCCAAAGAACCCAGCGGCGAACCAGCUGGGUUCCAUAGAACCCAACCCCGGGUUUGACGGAACCCAGGUGCUGGGUUCCCUUGAACCCACGCCUAGGUUCUUCGAACCAACUGGGUUCCAUGGAACCCAACCCUGGGUUCCGUCGAACCCAGCACGCCUGGGUUCCUCGAACACAGGGGGUAAAAAAUAUCUGUGGGUUUGGUGUUUGAUGAUGAUGCGUUUGAUGAUGAUGAAGAAAGCAAGGUUUGGAACCCAGUGGCGAACCAGCUGGGUUCCAUGGAACCCAACCCUGGGUUCUGUCGAACCAAGGCGUGGGUUCAACGGAACCCAGGCGUGGGUUCGAAGAACCCAGCACACCUGGGUUCCUCGAACCCAGGGGAAAGCAAGGCAAGGAAGAGGAAGGAAAAAAAAAGGGCGAUGUUGGGUUCGAUUCAACCCAGGGCGCAGCCAUAAUCGCAGCCAAGCUGAUAAACCAACAUCGAGGUCUGACCGGUUGGCAGCUGCAGAGAGCCGAACUGACAGGCCUUGGGGCUCACACAGAAAUGACUCAUUUCCUUCAUACCAGUCUCAAAAUGGUCCAGUACGCUUAAACUCAACACACAGUGGUUCUGCUAAUGUAGCCUAUGGCAGGCAUCCAGUAGCAACCCUGAAUCCAAGUGGGGUGUCAUCUAAUGGCCCCAACAUUCCGUUUUUUGUCAUGCUGUAUCCUUAUGAUCAGACCACUGGUUAUGGUUCCCCUGCGGAACAGCUUGAGUUUGGUUCCCCUGGACAAGUGAGUUUCUCUGGCAUGAAUGAAACAUCACAGCUAAGUGAAGGUGGUCAGUCAGGUGGUGUAUUUGUUGAGCAAAGGUUUCAUGGUGGCUCUGGUCAACCUUCUUCACCUGAUCAGCCUUCUUCACCCCACCUUCAAAGGGGACUUUGAUUUUAUUGUCGGAUCAUUUGCCCAGAAGACUUAUCAUUGAAGUUGAGGAUUUCCCACCUCUUGCUUUUCUAAGUCGGUGAGGGAAUGAUGGUGGGAGUUGUCUAAUGAGAAAACCUCUCAUUAUCACACCGUUUUGUUCACAUCUCAGAAGAAGAAGAAAGAAUUCAUUUCUUUGAUUCACUGACUGCUGGUUUUCUCGGAAGAUGGUGACCCAUGCAUCCUGGGUUGUGCUUUGUAUGUACACUAUGAAUUCCGAAAUCCAUAUUACAAAAAGUUCUAAAUUUGUUGAGAACACAGAGGGGGUGGCGGUACGCUCGGUGGUUAGGCUUCAAAAUUUAGGUUCCAACACAUGUUUACUAUGAUAUUAAAAUUUGUCAAGAUUUUCUCUCACAUAGUGUACUAAUUUUGGUCGGCAAGUCGUCCAGUAGCAGCCCUCUUUACCUGAUUUUGUUCAAAGUUAGUAGUGUACCAGUAUCAAUCGGGAAGUUAAAACUUCCAUUGUUUCAUAAGUUGAACCAGAAAGUAAAAAAAAAUGAUGUGC